UGGAUUAUGCCCUCAUCGGGUAAAUGUAUCACCGACGAACCAUGCAGCGCAAUUUCCACGGCUUUCCCAAAACAGUCGUCGCUGGCCUUCAUUUUCCCAUCUCCAAACGCGUCGCAUCGGUAUGGCAAGAAAGCUCAGAGCUGCUGCCCAGGCAGCUGCACAAUCCUUGAAGAAUGCUCCUCCCCCCGUUCCCGAUGCUUCAGAUGAGGAGAUGGCCGAUGCGCCUCAGUCGCGCGAACCCUCGCAGCCGGUGGAUGGCGGGGACAACACGUCAGAGAAAGACCCGGAUGUCGAACCGCAACCCGAGCCAAGCCAGGAGGAGGAAGACGCUGCACAAUCGCCCGUGGAUGCUUCCAAUACGCCGUCGCGAGGAGGUUCACCUUCGCGGGGCGGACGAGUUUCAGCAAUCCCACGGAAAAGACGUAUUGGUCGUCCCCCGAAGAAUCGACCGCCCGACUGGGAUGCGCAGGAUACUAGCACUCCGCAGACACCAACUCACACCGGCACACCCGCCAAGAGGCGACGCGGCCGUCCUGCUGCCAGCGGUGGACGCUGGGGUCGAAAUAGAGGACCGUCUCACGUUACCCAGGUCCCCAUCGAUAAGGAAGGGAAUGUAUUGGAUGUGGUGAAUGAUGAGGUGGUUCUUCCAGAUGAUCCGGAGGGUGAGACCAAAGUAGAUAAAAAUGGUGUACUUCAGGAAGGCAGAGAAUAUCGUGUUCGCACAUUUACCAUCUUAAACCGUGGGGACAGACUAUACAUGCUGUCGACAGAACCCGCGCGUUGUAUUGGAUUCCGCGACUCCUAUCUGUUUUUCCAGAAGCAUAAGCUUCUCUACAAAAUCAUCAUCGACGACGAUGCUAAACGCGACCUAAUCACCAGGGACAUUAUUCCUCACUCCUACAAGGGAAGAGCUAUUGGUGUUGUGACGGCGCGAUCUGUGUUCCGAGAAUUCGGCGCCAAAAUCAUUGUCGGUGGAAGAAAGAUUAUUGAUGAUUACAGCGUCAAAGAGGCCCGAGAGCGAGGAGACGUCGAGGGCGAGCUUGCUGUUCCGGAGGAUAAGCUACCUCCUCCGGGUGAACCCUAUAACAGAAACCAGUAUGUGGCAUGGCAUGGGGCCAGCAGCGUCUACCACACUGGAGCCCCUUCAGUCCCAAUACCAAUAGGUAAGGUAGGCGACCCCAAGAAGCGCAGGGUCACGGUUACUGGUGACAAUUGGAUGGUCGAGCAUGCAAGGGAAGCCAGUAAUUUCAACUCUGCCAUUUUAAACGUCCGCCGUCAGAAUCUCCAAGGGAUCUACGAUAUCCACACCAAUGCCAUUCAAUAUCCCAAAAUUAUGCAACCUUCGCAUGUUCGCUGGGAGCGACUACCUCCUCCCGAUCCCCAAACGACAGCGAAGCUGAUGAAAGGAAUGUCGACCCUACGUCUGACAGGCGAUGACAAGGACAACGACAGCGAGAAGCAAUUUCCUGACCAUCACGAUGAACCUCAUGAUGUUAUCCCCACUGCCAACGAUGACACCCAGGCCGACGAGAACGUCAACCACGCCACUGUCUUCUCCAGCGUUCCACCGGCGUUCUCUCGCCGUUUCGCCAUCCACGAUGUUUACUACGAAUCCCCACCGUACUCCAAUAUGGGAAUCCCCGGCCCGGACGGUGACGUGCACGACCUCGGCUCUAAUGGCCUAAUCUCCAUCGCCAACCCCAUGCACCCCGAAUUCGUGGGACCAGACAUCCUCGCAGAGCUCCCACCAGAAUGCAAAGAAGCCCUCGUCGAGGCCGCCGCGCGAGAGUGGGAAUGGAAAACCAAAUGGCAAAAUGAAGCCACUCACGGAUCCAGGACGAGUCCUCUGAAAAGCUACGCUUGGUUCCCUUGAUUAUUAUUUACUAGCAUCGUACGACUCGGUAAUGGUCCGGGGCCGUUUUCUUUUCUCUUAUCUUCUAGAAUAUCUAUCUAUCAUCACUAUGAAGGUUGGUCGGUGGAGCAGUCAGUCCAGAAUGGUCUGGGAAAGCGGGUGUUCCGGAGUUACAGGUACCCUACCGGUUUUUCUUUUUAAUUUUAGUUUCAAUCCUCCUGUUUUCGUUUUAUUUCUUUUGAACUUUUAUGUAUUGGCCCGUGCCAUAUUGUUGAAAUUUAGACGGAGUUCCCGCAUGAUAUUAUUGCAGAAUAUACGAAUGCUCGUAUUGUAUCUGUAUACUCCGGUCUCUGUCCUAUCUUAAAUAGCUAUCAUAGAUAUGUCGAAUGAGAAAACCGAAGCAUCCCUACG